ACUUCCUGUACUCUGGAUAUGCGAAUUGUUGCAGAAAUAGAAGAAGGACUUGUUAAGACAUGAACCCAUUUGUUGGGUGGCGGCGUUUCUUUGUCUUAUUAUGUCCUCUUGUUUUUCUCCUUCCUCUUCUAUUCUCAGUCUUUGAGUUGCAUCAAAGUUCAACUCCAGCUGAUUCCCCCAAGAAAAUUACCAAGAAAUUUGAUCAUCUGGUGCUUGGACCUGCUGCUGGACGAGGAUUGCCCAAUCGUUUGCAAUGCCAAGGAGUUAAAGCUCUCAACAAGACCCCUUUUUCAACCCCUUCUCGAACCUUGAAUGUUGGACAUAGCAUUGCCUUUGUCACUGUUUUUACUAUUUAUAACACCCCUAAUGAAAGAUUGUCCAACUUGGUUACUGUUGUUGGCAAUGCUUCAUACAGUAAAUCAGAGAGGUCAAUGGCCAUUUUGAAUGUCUUCAUUAACUUAAUUCAGGAGACAAUGCCUCAGAGCAAUGUGAUCAUUCUAACUGAUCCACAAUCUGAUCUCUCAGUGCACCAAGACAGUGUCACAAUAUAUCCCAUAAAAGGCGAAUAUUCACGAGACAAGUUGAUGCUUCAAAGAAUCAAGUCUUACAUUACCUUUCUCAAAACAAGGCUUGCACAGCUAUCUCAGAAACUGGAGCAUACAACUCAUUAUAUCUUCACUGACUCAGAUAUAGCCGUGGCUGAUGAAUUGGGACAUAUAUUUGACAGCUACCAAAAUUUCCAUUUGGCUCUCACCUUCAGGAACAACAAAGAUCAGCCUCUGAACUCUGGAUUUAUAGCUGUGAGGGGUACAGCUGAAGGGAUUUUAAGGGCAAAGGUUUUCCUUGAAGAAGUACUAAAAGUCUAUGGUUCCAAAUACAUGAAGGCAUCUCAAAUGCUUGGAGAUCAGUUAGCUCUUGCCUGGGUUGUAAAGUCACACCCUUCGUUUAAUGCUAGGCGAUUCACUAAAGCACAGCCUUUCAUUGAAGACAUUGGUAGGACAUCAGUUCUAUUUUUACCUUGUGCUACAUAUAAUUGGACACCACCUGAGGGUGCAGGCCAGUUUCAUGGCAUGCCACUGGAUGUCAAGGUUGUUCAUUUUAAGGGAUCAAGGAAACGCCUAAUGCUCGAGGCCUGGAAAUUCUUUAAUUCAUUUUCUGACAUUUCAGAUAUGUUGUGUCUUGUCCUGAGUAGUGGGAGAACAAAGUAUGAUUUCUGAAUAAUUUUUUUAUGGUUCCCAUACCAUAUAUAUCUUGUGAUACAUGAGCCUAGUAGCAAACAAAAAGUUGCAGCUCUUAUGAUUCUAUCAUUGAUGGGCUGGGGGUCUAACUUCAUUUGGUUCUGCAAUUUUUUUUACUGUUUGGUUCAAUGGAAAAGCUUCAAAGGGGAAUAGAAAAUUCAGUCUUCU